UCUUUUCUAUUCUGACCCCAUGACGCUCUUUCUCAAGUCAGUGACGACGUUGCACUCUAAGCAGGGAGAGUUAGUUAUCUUCUUGCAUAAUUCUCGAGUUCUCUUGCAACGUACCAAUCACAGAUUACAUUUCUUGCCAACAAUUUCAUUCAAAUUAGUUUAUUAUUUUGGAAACGUGGGGCCAGCCUGGGCCAGUAAGAUGACCAAUGCGACUGCGCAAUAGCAUGCUAGUGCGCAUGCGCUGUAUUGAUUCGUAUCCGCGCAGAACUGCAUCGAUACUAAACCGGCGCAGCGUGAAUGUACACAGAGGACGGGCAGGUUUUAGCACAACUUGAAACGUUAUUUAGACGAACCGGAUCCUGUCCAUUAUGGCUCAGUUUGGGGGGCAGAAGAAUCCACCGUGGGCUGCACAGUUUGCAGCCUCUGCGGUCUCCCAGCAGGGUCAGUCUCUUGACAUGAACAGCCUGCACUCAUUAGGGGUUCAGCAGCCCUCUCUUCUUGGAGCCUCCCCGGCGAUGUACUCCCAGCAGUCUGCCAUGGCAGCAGCCAGCCUCAACUCCCAGUCUGCUGCAGCAAACUACCAGCUAUCCCAACAAACAGCCGCCCUGCAACAGCAAGCCGCCGCUGCAGCUGCUGCAGCUUUGCAACAGCAGUAUCAGCAACAGCAACAGCAGCAGCAGCAGCAACAACAACAGCAGCAGCAGCAACAACAGCAACAGCAGCAGCAGCAGCCACAGCAGACAAUGUACAGCGUCCAACAGCAGUUACAGCCGCCCCAUCAAGCCAUGCUUUCUCAGUCAUCUGUCGCCUUGCCUACCAGCCUCAGCCUGACAAACCCCCAGCAAACAGCACAGAUCACUGUCUCGUACCCAACACCGAGGUCAAGCCAGCAGCAAACCCAGCCACAGAAACAGCGAGUGUUUACUGGGGUGGUUACCAAGCUGCACGACACAUUUGGAUUUGUAGAUGAAGAUGUCUUCUUCCAGAUAAGUGCCGUUAAAGGCAAGACACCACAAGUAGGAGACCGGGUGCUGGUAGAAGCUGCAUAUAACCCGAAUAUGCCGUUCAAAUGGAAUGCACAGAGGAUACAGACCCUGCCUCAUAUGUCUCCACAAAUGAACCAGCCACAAGGUCCGCCUCUGCUUAAGGCCAACCCUGCUAUGAUGCAGUCCCUUCCUCCACCUUCCUUCAGCCUCCAGGCCCAGGCUCCGCCCCCCUGUCUAUUACAGGCUCAGUUAUCGGCUGCCUCCCUGGCCCCUCUGCUGCAGAACCCACCACAGCCCCUUCUGCCCCAGCCACCUCAGAAAGAUUGUGUCUUUUCAGGGGGUCUGCUCCAGCCUCCUGUGCGAAUGAUGCCUCAGCCCCAGCCAGCACGGAGGUUAGACCCAGUACCCAGGUUUCCAGUACGAAAUGACAGAGUUGAUCUAAUGGUCAACAGGAAGGACGACAGAAGCCGUGAGCGUGAGCGGGAGAGGAGGCGGUCCCGGGAGCGCUCUCCCCAGCGGAAACGCUCUAGAGACAUGUCCCCCCGCAGAGAGAGGUCCCCCAGGAGAACUCGUAGAGUCGUCCCUCGAUACACAGUACAGUUCUCAAAAUUCUCCCUGGACUGCUUUAAUUGUGACAUGAUGGAGCUCAGAAGGCGUUACCAGAAUCUCUACAUCCCUAGUGAUUUCUUUGACGCUGAGUUCACUUGGGUAGAUGCUUUCCCGGCAUCUCGACCCUUUCAGUUCGGGAACUAUUGCAAUUUCCACAUAAUGCACAGAGAGGUAGAUUCGUUGGUAAAGAACACCUCUAUUCUGGACCCUCCAGAUGCAAACCACUUGUAUAGUGCAAAGGUGAUGCUUCUAGCAAACCCCAGUUUGGAAGAGCUCUACCACAAGUCGUGUGCUCUUGCUGAUGAUCCUCAGGAGCUUCGCGAGGCAUUCCAGCAUCCUGCCAGACUAAUCAAGUUCUUAGUGGGCAUGAAAGGAAAGGAUGAGGCAAUGGCUAUUGGUGGACACUGGUCCCCAUCUCUUGAUGGAGCCAACCCAGAGAAAGACCAUUCUGUGCUGAUCAAGACUGCUAUCCGUUCUUGUAAGGCUCUCACAGGCAUUGAUCUGAGUUUAUGCACACAGUGGUACCGUUUUGCAGAGAUUCGCUAUCACCGCCCUGAGGAGACCCACAAGGGGCGUACAGUUCCAGCUCAUGUGGAGACAGUGGUUUUAUUUCUCCCGGAUGUUUGGCAUUGUCUUCCUACCCGCUCAGAGUGGGAGACCCUCUCCCGUGGAUACAAGCAGCAGCUGUACGAGAAGCUCCAGGCUGAACGAAAGGAGGCUGAUGGAGAACAGGAGGAGGAAGAAAAAGAUGAAGGGGAAUCGAAAGAGAUCUCCACUCCUACACACUGGUCAAAACUUGAUCCGAAGUCCAUGAAGGUAAAUGACCUUCGUAAGGAACUGGAAAGUCGUAGCCUUAGUUCCAAGGGUUUGAAGUCACAGCUGAUAGCCAGGCUGACAAAGCAGCUGAAAGUGGAGGAACAAACGGAUGAAAUUAAAGAGCCUGAGAAACCAGUGAAGGUGGAGGAGGAAGAGGAGGAGCAGCUGAAAGUCGAAGAAGACAAAGAAGAAGAGGAGAGGAAGCGGCAGGAGGAAGCAGAGCGUCAGCGCAGAGAGAGACGCUAUAUUCUUCCUGAUGAACCCACCAUCAUCGUACACCCCAACUGGACAGCCAAGAACGGCAAGUUCGACUGCAGCAUCAUGUCACUAAGCGUCUUGCUGGACUACAGACUCGAAGACAACAAAGAACACUCUUUUGAAGUCUCCCUGUUUGCAGAGUUGUUCAAUGAAAUGCUUCAAAGAGACUUUGGCUACAGGAUAUACAAAGCACUGGCUGCUAUUCCUCUGAAGGAUGAAAAGAAGGAGAAGAAGGAAAAGGCAAAAAAGGAAGCUGAUAAGAAAGAUUGUGAUAAGAAGGAAGCUGCUAAGAAGGAGGAAGCAAUAAAGGAGGUCAAGGAAGAAAAAGAGGAAGACAAUGAAGAGCCAGCUGCAAAAAAAAUAAAGAUCCCAGAUGAGAAGGAAGAGAAAAAGGUUUCAGCUUUGACUCACAGAGUAACAAGGUCUUUCACCAAAUCUUCUUUCCAGGAGAAGGAAAAGGAGGAGAAAAGGGAGGAAUCUAAAGAGGAUGAGGAAAAUGAAGAGGAGAGUAGUAAUACUAAUCCUGAUGAGUAUGACCCCAUGGAGGCUGAGGAGGCAGAGGAUGAUGAUGAAGAAGAAAAAGAAGAAGAAAUGAGUGACAAGGACAAAAAGGAUGAGAAAAAAGAAGACCGGAAGUCCAAAGAAAGGUCUUCGAAAGACAAGGAGAAAGAAAAGAAGCAGAUGACUACUUACAAUAAAGAUCUUCUGAUGGCAUUUGUUUAUUUUGAUCAAAGUCACUGUGGAUAUCUCCUUGAAAAAGACCUGGAAGAAAUAAUGUAUACUCUUGGGCUGCAUCUGUCCCGUGCCCAGGUUAAGAAAUUGCUAAAUAAAACAGCUGUACGGGAAUCCUGCUUUUACCGGAAGCUGACUGAUCGUGCGAAAGAUGAAGCAAUCCCAGAAAUACCCGAAGCACCACAGGAGUUGCUUCUUGGAAACAAAGCUCUACUGCCCUGCCAUAAUGUAAAACAGGAACAAAAUGAGUCGCAAGAAGUAGGCAGUCUCAUAGUUUACAAUGGUGCCAUGGUGGAUGUGGGGAGCUUGAUUCAGAAACUGGAGAAGAGUGAGAAGGACCGGGAAAGGAUUGAGCAGAAGCUUCAGUCUCAGGAGGCAAAGAUAGAGGAAGAUGCAAAUAGCAUAUUGCAACUGGAGACUGCCAAUAAGAGCUUCUCUACAGAGCUUGAAGAUGUCAAGAAUUGCCUUGGCCAAACAGAAGAGAAUUUGAAAGAUUCAGAAGAGAAGAGAUCGUGUUUUGAAGAGCAUCUACAUAAAACUGCCACAAGUUUGAGUAUAGUUCUGAAUGAACUGGAAAGUGUUUUAAAAAAGGGUAACCCUAAACCUGAAGAGAAUGACCAGAAAUCAAAAGAGAAUGGAUCCGACGAAUGAUGUUGCCACCUUUUCCGUUAGACAGAUUGUGCUAGAUAAUGCUGUAAAUAAGAAAACUAAACAUCUGAAAGUGAAUCAACAUGACACGCGUUUUAUUUUUAGUGCUUUCUUUUGCCGCUGUGUACAGAGUUUUAAAGAAGAGUGUUAACACAGAAAACUGCUUGAAAUUCAUGCCAAUUGAAUUGCUAAUACCAUUUAAGAUAAUGUUUUCGUUGCAGAAGGUUUUAGGUUCAGCUGUAAUAUUUUAAUGUUAUUAAAACUCAUCGAAUCUAAGUUUAUUGCCGAGAUGUUGUUCAAUAGUUGUGUCUAAUUUGAAACCUGUUUUAAUUUUGUGUGCCAACAACAAUAUCAUUGAAUUUCUGAAACCUAAAUCACCAAACAAUUUUCACCAAGCAAUAAAAAUCAGUUCAGUGAUG